UUGGACAGUGACGUGAUUGCUCACGGCGGUGGCUGGUCUGAUUCCGGCGAGAGCAUAUUGACGGGGUGGGCCUCCGGCGGUAACGAAGAAAGACGGGUAUGGUGUCUGGAGAAGGCCAGAUCUAUGCCAGCAAGGUGUUCGUCGGCUAUGGCGGUCGGCGGUGGACGGCAGCAGGCGGAGGAAGGGUGUGUUGCUGGUGGUGGACGGCGGCAGACGGAGGAAAAGGGGGGUGUUGCUGGUGGCGGACGGAGGCGCAACGGACCUGUUGUUGCUGUGAUGAGUUGUGGUCGGACUGUGGUGUUGGAAUCGACGAGCUGUGGUCGGGUUGUGAUGAGCGGCCGGCGAUUGUCGUGGAGAGAGAGUGGGAGAGAGGAUGAGCCCGUUGUUCUGGAUCCUGUGCUUACUCAUAACUAUGCUUUUGGAAAUGGAACCUGCCCUUCGUCCCUUGAUUUCAAGCGUAAGUGA